CGAAAUUGUCUCGUACGUGAAACUCCGACUUUCUAAGGUAAAACAGCUAUACUUAAAAAUCAAUAUCUCAGUCCAUCAGCACAGGAGAUUUCCUCUCGUUCUCUCCUUCUCCCCCCUCCUCUUCUCUUUCCCGUUUUGACGUCUAUGACUCUGUCACCCGCCUCACCGGUUUUCAGGCAGCUCUCUGGUCCAGUCAUGUAGCCAUUCUCCGUUCACAUACGCCCUCUGUCUCAUCGUGCCGUAUCUGUGAAUUUUUAGACUACUUAGUUUUACUGUAGUUGAUUAAUUGUGUUUUGUGUCUUAAACUCUUUUUGCGCUUUUCCGACGCGUUUCUGACGCUUUGGUGAAUUCCGUGCGUCAGGGCAUCCCACAAUUUCCACACUUUAAAUCUCUGGUUGCGCUCUCGAGUACCUUCCUUUUAUUAUCCCGGUUGAACGUCGGGCAUCCGUCACCGCCGUGACCUCUUAUUGUUUCUUUGCAAAGUUGGAAACCACAGGGGAUAAGGCUUCCAUGAGUGCUCCUCCGUUGAUCCGGGCGCCCAGCCCGCUGCCGUUUUUGGGAGGAACGAGCAGCCCCAACAGCGAGGGAGGAGGUGGGGAAGGGGGGGACAGUGUGAUCUCCUUCCAGAUCCAAAUAGGCAUGAGCCGGGAGCCGGUGCUACUAGAUAUCUCGGAGCUGAACCUCAGUCAGGUCCGGGAGGUGGCGUGCUCCAUUAUCAACCAGAAGUUGCCAGAGUGUGGAUUCUAUGGGAUGUAUGAAAAGAUUCAGCUGUUUCGUCAUGACCAGACAUCAGACAACAUGCUCCAGCUGCUGCGCUCUGCCUCGCAGAUCCAGGAGGGCGACUUGGUGGAGGCCGUUCUGUCAGCUUCAGCCACAAUGGAGGACUUCCAAAUACGUCCACACAGCCUGUUUGUUCAUUCAUACAGAGCUCCAACUUUCUGCGACCACUGCGGUGAGAUGCUGUGGGGACUUGUACGGCAGGGGCUCAAAUGUGAAGGAUGUGGUCUUAAUUAUCACAAACGCUGUGCGUUUAAAAUCCCCAACAACUGCAGUGGGGUGAGAAGGCGUCGCCUUUCAAAUGUUUCCCUGACAGGAGGAAUAGUUAAUCUGGGCCGCCCCCUCUCAGCUGAACCUUCACCUCCCCAGUAUACAGAUGAUGCUUUACUGUCCCCUGUAAGUCCCAAUUUUGAGAAGAACCAGUUAGAUUAUUACUCUGGCAGGGAGCGACGAGCUAGCACCCAAUCAUACAUUGGACGCCCCAUUGAGCUGGACAAAAUCUUACUGUCAAAGGUCAAGGUCCCCCACACAUUCCUAAUUCACUCAUACACCAGACCAACUGUAUGCCAGCACUGCAAGAAAUUACUGAAAGGCCUCUUCAGACAGGGCCUUCAAUGCAAAGAUUGUAAAUUUAAUUGUCAUAAACGUUGUGCUCUGAAAGUGCCAAACAACUGCCUCGGAGAAGUUUCCAGAAACGGAGACCUUCUGAGCCCUGGAGCAGAGUCAGAUGUGAUGGUAGAGUGUUGUCUUGAUGACCGACGUGGUAGCCUACUUGAUGACAUGGAUGAAGCACUAACUUCAGAAGGGGGAUUGAUGCUGGAGACUGGAUCCGGUGACCUUAGCGACCUGCGUGACCCUGACCUAGAUGAUUCUAACCGUGCCAUCAGCCCAUCCACCAGUAACAACAUUCCGCUGAUGCGAAUUGUUCAGUCUGUCAAACACACCAAAAGGAAGAACAGCAAUGUGAUGAAGGAAGGAUGGAUGGUUCACUAUACCAGCAAGGAUACUCUCAGAAAAAGACAUUACUGGCGGCUGGACAGUAAAUGCAUUACGUUGUUUCAAAACGAUACCGGAAGUAAAUACUACAGGGAGAUUCCUCUUUCAGAGAUCCUGUCUCUGGAGGCAGCUCAGAACUUCUCUCUGCUUCCUGAUGGAGCCAGCCCUCACUGCUUUGAAAUCACGACAGCAUCGUUGGUUUACUAUGUCGGAGAGAAUCUAAUGAGAGGCGAAUCAUCCAUGACUGGCAGUACCAUUUUGGUGAGUGGAGUGGGGCUGGAUGUAGCUCGGAUGUGGGAAAUGGCCAUCCAGCAUGCUCUUAUGCCAGCUGUCUCUACAGGAAUUUGCCACAAUUCCCACCGAAGUGGGCACAAAGAAAUUUCAAUAAGUAUUUCAGUCUCCAACUGCCAGAUCCAAGAGAAUGUGGACAUCAAUUCAGUUUAUCAGAUUUUUCCAGAUGAAGUUCUUGGUUCUGGACAGUUUGGUAUUGUUUAUGGAGGUAAACAUCGGAAGUCUGGUCGAGAUGUUGCCAUCAAGAUAAUUGAUAAACUUCGCUUCCCUACUAAGCAAGAAAGCCAACUGCGCAAUGAGGUGGCAAUCCUGCAGAGUUUGCACCACCCAGGCGUGGUCAACCUGGAGUGCAUGUUUGAGACACCGGAGCGAGUGUUUGUGGUGAUGGAGAAGCUCCAUGGAGACAUGCUUGAGAUGAUCCUUUCCAGUGAGAAAGGUCGGUUGCCAGAGAGAAUCACCAAGUUCCUAGUCACACAGAUUCUAGUGGCUCUGCGUAAUCUCCACUUCAAGAAUAUCGUCCACUGUGAUCUGAAGCCUGAAAAUGUGCUGCUGGCCUCUGCAGACUCUUUUCCACAGGUAAAGCUUUGUGACUUUGGGUUUGCCCGGAUUAUUGGGGAGAAGUCAUUUCGACGCUCAGUGGUUGGCACACCAGCAUACCUUGCUCCUGAAGUCCUGAGAAACAAAGGUUACAACCGUUCUCUGGACAUGUGGUCAGUGGGAGUCAUCAUCUAUGUCAGUCUCAGUGGGACAUUUCCUUUCAAUGAAGAUGAAGAUAUUAAUGAUCAAAUCCAGAAUGCGGCCUUCAUGUAUCCUCCCCACCCAUGGAAGAAAAUCUCCCAGGAAGCAAUCGAUCUGAUCAACAACCUCCUCCAAGUGAAGAUGAGGAAGAGGUACAGUGUGGACAAGACUCUCAGUCACCCCUGGUUACAGGAUUAUCAGAUGUGGCUAGACCUAAGAAAUUUAGAGGGUCGAAUUAGCGAGCGGUACAUCACCCACGAGAGUGAUGACCUACGUUGGCACCAUCAUGCUCAGCUCACCGGCGGUGACUACCCCUCGAAUGUUAUCAAUACCCCUCUCAACGAUGUGGAUCAAGCGAUGGAGCGUUACCACGAGAAGGAGGAGGAGCUGGAGACCCUCAGUGAGAGGGUUAGUGAACUCUGAGGACAGUGUCACAGAGUAAAAUAAACCUGAGGAGUUAUAUAUGAACUUUUCCAGAGGAGCAUUAUUAAACAUUUACAAAUAUUUUUAAAGCAGAUAUUAUCUUUCAUUUCAUUAAAACCUGUUUUUUUCAUAUGAAAACAGCUUAUGUUCACUAAUCUGCACAAUGGCAACACUGACACCUCAAAGCUAGAAGGUUCAAAUGCUGGAGUUUCAAAUGCUGGCUCCCUCCUACAUUCCAACAGCAAAAAAAAUUGCCUUAAGUGCUGUUGCUAAACCUAAGAAUAAGUAUGCCUCUGGUUUUGCCCUUUGAUGGAUUUGUGACCACUCAAAAUUAAAACUGGUUACAUGUAACAUAAAAAGCUAGAUUCCAAUCUGCUGUGACCCUUUAAAAAAGACAGCUCAUAUGAACAAAAGGUCUUCUGAUCAGUUGGGGUAAAACCAAAAGAAAAAUACCCAUUUUUCCAAAUAAUAAAUAUCAGUUAAGGGUAACAAAGUGAGGAAGUUAUAUAUAAGAAAUGUGAAUUAUGUGCCCGUAAAGUCAGAUUGCAAGUUUCUCAACAUACUAGUCAAAAAGUAUUUCCCCCGAGAUUUCUAAUGUUUUGUUUUUUGUUUUUUUUUUGUCACUCUUAAGUGUUUCUUUAAACAGAUUUUAAAUGAUGGCUUAAUGUAUUAAAGGAAAAGAGCUAUCCAAACUGCUUGUAUCCGGGAUCUCGUUCUUUCGGUUAUGACCCAAAGUUCAUGGCCAUAGGUGAGGGUAAGAACGUAGACCAGCCGUUAAAUCAAGAGCUUCG